AAUGGUAAAACAUGUUUUGUUCAUCACUUUGUUUGGGAAUGUUUUAAUGGAAUAAUACCAGAGAACAAGGUAAUUGAUCAUAUUAAUAAUAAUAAACAAGAUAAUAGAUUAUGUAAUUUGCAAUUAAUGACCCAACAAGAGAAUUGUCAAAAAUCGGCAAAAAAUCGUGAUUAUACAUUUGGUCCUAAAAAUUGUCAAAAUAAAAAGUGCGUCAAAGCUAUUAACCGGACUACACUAGAGAUAACUUACCAUUAAUAAUAGUAUGUAUGCAGUUCAGCAACAUCUUGGUAUCAAUGCUGGUAUUAUUAAGAUGAUUUGUGAAGGAAUAAAUAGAUGUAAAUCGGGUAAUUCGAAAAAAGAUGGUCAACGAUAUAAAUUUGAAUAUAUC